UUCUCUUGUGCCAUUGCUUGGAACAGUUGUAGGAAAUUCUCCUAAGACCUGCGAACGGAGAUCUUGCCAUUCUGAGUGCAGACAGGCAGCGUCUGAGAGAGAUGAAAAGAGAGUAAACUUGCUUUGUUUUUUAACAGAAGCAGAGCUGUAUAUGCUCUGCUCUCUCCCAACCAUUUCAAGGCAACAGAUGCGUUGCUUAGGUUAGCUGCUUUGGGUUUUUUCACAGAAGACAUAACAGCAAAUUCACGGUCUGUCUCUGGCGAGCAUUCUUGGCUCACUCCUCCUCUGUCUGCCGUCUCACUGUCAGAGAGCAGAGACUCAUGCUUGAUAAUUUAUCUUUCAGAUCAUCACAUGCUCAUAUCAUUUUGCAGACGGGAUAGGUGGUGAUGGUGGUAGCGUUGGAGGAAUAGAGCUUUUUAUUUUGAAUGUGGAUACUUUAGUUUAUCCUUUUUUUUUUCACGAGGAAUGUUUAUUAACCUCUCACUCCUUCACAGCAGAGGAAGAAUGGAAAUUUCCAGUGCCAAAGGAACAAGGAUUAGGAGUUUAUUGUAAAAAUAGGGGAAAAGGCAAGUUUCUAUUGCUUUGGUUUUGCACAGUUUAGGACUGAGCUGCAGGAUGUCAUGCAGAGACCAUCACUGCAAGACCUCAUCUGCACCAAUCUAUGUUUCCACUGUGGAAGUGAUGUUGUCUUCCAGUAGAGUGACCCCACCGCCAACCUUUGAAUCAGCUGUGCAGGGGCGGCCUUUCCAGAAGAUGCCAUCUUCAGCAUGGUAUCUUCCAGCUGGUCAAUCAGCAACAGAGAGUACUCGAAGAAAUGUCACCUUACCACCAAGCAACAUAUCUUCUGGGGUUUACUGUUCAAGGUUAGAUGUCAUCCUGGCUCAAACAAAUAGGAGGAAAGUUUUCAGGAAAGAUAACCCAUGCAUGAAUCUUUCUGACAUGGCAUCUGCUUGUUCCAAUCUUCACAGAGACUCUUGGGGCAGCGGAUGUGGGAGUUUUGGCAUUCGGUCUACGCCCACAUCUUGUAAGCAAUGCUCAGUAGGAGAUCAAAGUGCCUGUCACUCUUCCACUGAUAAAAAUGGUCCCAUGAAGCUUUCAGUGUCUUUGCCUUCUGCUGCUUCUUCCUCAAAAGCCCCACCAAGCUGGACAUCACGUCUAGAUGUUGCUCUCUCUGCCAUUCCAGCUGUUUCACCACUCCAUAGCAAAAGGAUGCAUGCAACACUGGCAUCUCGUAGCUCAGCCCCACCCCAACGUGGCUACAGUCAAUGCAGUGUUCCAAUUCCAGACCUCCAUGCUUCAGUGAAGCUCUACAUUUCAACCUGCAGCUUGGCAAUAAAGCCUUUUAGAACUGAUACUCAAGUGAGCAACCAUGCUCAUUCCAGUCUUCUAGUGCCACAACUAGAGAAGAUGCCUGGUACAUCUGCUGGUCUCCCAACAGGAUCCCAGGUGUCUAAACAAGAUUUCUCCUCACCUGGGUCUCCAGCUCUUCAGAUUACAAGAUUUCAUGUGACUUCCUCUGCUGAGUGCCCUGGCCUUCCCCAGCAAACAGUCUCCAGAGAAAUAUGGCUGACACCAGCUGCGCUGACUAGAAGAGAAAGUUCUGUUGGUGGAAGGGAGGUCCCCAACACUGAUUUAAAUCCUGAUCUGAUCAUCUUUCAAAACAACCCUUCAUCUGAGACAGCAUUUGGGAAUACUCCAUGUGAAAGGCUAACGCCAGCUCACCACAAGAUUUCCAAAAUAACCCUGAUACUUGCCACCCCUUGGACUACUGUGCCUAUCCACGUGGUAAGAGAAUUCAGAAAAAGUCCAGCACCCACCAUCUUUAUCAAAUCACGUGAUCUGGACGCACCUGGCCCACCCCUUCACCCCAUUGGGAUUGGGGCUGGCCUCUCCCUAUCAGUGAAUCCAGUUUGCUGUCCAGAAUUGCUCUCUUCACAACAACGUUGGGCAACAUCUGGUUCAAGGCCUUCCCAGGAUGCAUGCACUGUAGGAACCAUAGCUCCUGAGAACCUCUUAACAAACAUACCAGCCUGCACUGCAAAUGUGCCACACAGAGCCGGCAGGGGUGCAUGGUGUCCAUCUUUUGCUGUGAACAUUGCCUCUUUUGGAGCUGGGAGGAGAGUGGUAAAGAUAUCCAUUCCAUUCUAGGAACAUUUGCAAACAGACCUUGGUUAGUCAAGCCAUGUGGAUUCCUCCUUGUUUUCCUCCUGGUAUGCUCCUACUACCUAGAGAUGACUUAUCUAGUGGAGUAGACUUGUUUGUGCCAUUUUUGUUUUGUUGUCAUUAUGGUCACAAUUGAGCUCGAUCCUGCAAGAUGCUGAGCAUUGUGAUGUGAUCCAGCAAAGCACAUGCUUAACUUUAAAUAUGUGAAUAGUCCCACCAAUGUCAAUGGAGUUACUUGUGUGCUUAAAUGUAUGCAUGUAUUUAAGUGCUCAGCCCUUUUCAGGAUCAAAUCCUUUGAGACAAGCAUUGUUUUUUCUCUUUGCCAGUCACUGUGGGAACCUGUAGAUACUGUCAGUCUAUUCUCUUAGAUUUUCCUGUAUCACACUUUUUAUUUGCUAAGUUGUCAAGUUGUGUUUAUUUCUAAAUGGAUAAUUCCUUUCGCUUUAACUUUUAAGAAGUACCCCUUGGUUUGCAAAAUUAAUAUGUUUAAGUGCAUAGAAAGAAACUACUUUUUUUGACCUAGAGAGAGAGAAGGGAAUUUUGUCUCUCUAAAAUCUGGACAUCUUCACAGUGUCUCUACUAAUGAAGGCCUAGGGGAGUUGAAGGGGAAUUCAAUACAAGUUUUCAAGCAGAAGGUAUCAUAAGUGAACAUUUUAAUGUUGAUAUUGUAAAAAUGUUAGGAUUCUGCUUUUAAACUUAUCACUUAUGGGAUAAGUUUUUUGCAUUAUAGCAAUACUAGAAACUGAAUAUUGACUGAGUUCUGUGUGCUUCCCAUGUGUAUUUCAGUCAAGGGCCAUGUCAUGUAUUUAUAUUCAUAUAUGUGAGAAAUAACAUACAGAUGGAAGGAUGGGGAAGAGCACCCAUAAAUGUAUGUAAUAUAAACACACCUCAAAUGCAUUGUGAGGCAUGAGGCCAAAAGCAGAGUGACUUUAGUAUGUGAGACAAUGUAUAUAUUUUUACAAACAUGGUGUGUCUUAUUCA